AUGAGUAACCAUGAAUUCAACCAUGGGGAUAGGGCAUUUCUCCAGGCCAUCUUAGCUCGAGGAACGAUUACUUUCGAAGAAGCCCGUCCUAUCCUUGCUGCCAUAUUCAAUGCCAACCGCAGGCACAGCGGAGACGAGGAGGGACACGAAGUACGAAGAGAUCAAAUCACCGAAGAACACUUUCAAGAGGCCAUGGACAAAGCUUCAGAAGCGGCAUCACUUUUUGACUACGAAAUCCGAAGUACUUUCCACCAAAUUACAAAGAGACGAAUAUGGGCUUUGGUCAAUACCACGUCUGAUCCGCAGACGCAACUUGCUACCAUAUACAGCCACGAAGAAAUCUCGUUCAUUAAACGUGUUCUAGACGCUAUGUUUGAAAAGUUCAACACCCCCCGCAUGGAAGUCAUGGCUAUUACCGAGAUGCAGGCCAUCAAACUGGCACGGCCGAACCGAAGAGAAAGCCAGAUCGAUGUGGAAGCCCAGACGCAAACAAGUGUAGACAAAGGACUCAAGCAUAGUGAAGUGGAAGCUGUACUUGCAAAUUUGGUUGAGGGAGGGUGGUUUGAGAAGAGUAACGAGGGGUUCUAUACAUUGUCACCCCGAGCGUUGCUGGAAUUACGACCCUGGCUAGUCGAAAGCUACAACGACCCGGAACUUGAGCCAGGCGACUGGCAGCGCAUCAAGUUUUGUGAAGCAUGUAAGGAUCCAGUCACGAUUGGUCUGAGAUGUGCAGAUGUGGAUUGCAACUUCCGACUGCAUGAGGUAUGCGAAGAGGCUUUCUGGCGAACUAGGCGAGACAGAAACUGCCCACGAUGCUCCACCGAGUGGUCAAGUCAUAAGUUCACAGGCGAGAGAGCGGUCACUUCGACGGAUGCUUUCCAACGGGGUCGGCGGAAGAAUGGGAGCGGCUGGCAAAGUAGCACACUUGCCGAUGAGGUUAUCCGUGACGAAGGAGGGGCAGAUGAGGCUGAAGACGAGGAUGUUGACGACACCUGA